UCGCGACUCCGGAAGGCGGAAAAAAAGACAAACAAUGAUCAGUUUUGUGUCCCAUUACAAGAACAGUUUGAUUCAACAAAUAAUUUCACAGUGUUGUUAAUUAGAUCGAGUGUAACAGAAAAAUGCACAUGUACCCUCGAACAAAUUGUUGAUGUAGCUAAACGCCAAAUAGGACUCUUUUGUUGCCGAGAUUCUGCUGCUGCACUAUGAGUUCCAGGCUGUGCAGGACCUGUGGGGGGGCCGACAUAGAUGUGGACCAGGCUCGGGGCAGCGCCGUGUGCACCGGCUGUGGUUCGGUUCUGGAGGACAACAUCAUUGUCUCAGAGGUCCAGUUUGUAGAGGGAAGUGGAGGUGUGUCCUCGGCUGUGGGGCAGUUUGUGUCUACUGAUGGUCCAGUCAAAACUCCUCUGCUUGGUUCUGGAUUCCACACCAGUGUUGGUAAAGAGGCGAGAGCACAGACACUGCAAAGUGGGAGACGCCAGAUCCAUCACCUAGGCAACCAGCUGCAACUCAACCAGCACUGUCUGGACACAGCCUUCAAUUUCUUCAAGAUGGUUGUCAGCAGACACCUGACACGUGGACGUAAAACAGAACACAUCAUCGCCGCCUGCCUCUACCUGGUGUGUCGCACCGAAGGAACACCACACAUGUUGCUGGACCUGAGUGACCUGCUCCAGGUGAAUGUUUAUAUCCUGGGAAAAACGUUCUUGCUGUUGGCUCGUGAACUCUGCAUCAAUGCUCCUGCCAUUGAUCCAUGUCUGCUAAUUCCUCGCUUCGCUCACAUGUUGGAGUUUGGGGCAAAGACUCAUGAUGUGUCCAUGACGGCACUUCGUCUGGUUCAGAGGAUGAAGAGGGACUGGAUGCACACGGGACGCCGUCCAUCUGGACUCUGUGGUGCUGCGCUCCUCGUGGCGGCCCGCAUGCACAAGUUUCGCCGUACCGUAAAGGAGGUGAUCGGGGUGGUGAAAGUUUGUCAGGCCACGCUGCGGAAGAGGUUAACAGAGUUUGAGGACACACCCACCAGUCAGCUGACCAUCGAUGAGUUCAUGAAGGUGGAUCUGGAGCAGGAAUGUGACCCCCCCUCUUUUACUGCCGCCCUGCACAAGACCAAGAUGCAGCAGCUGGAGCAAGAGCUGACCAAGAAGCUGAAUGAGGUCCAAGGAGAGAUCAGCUGCUACCAAGACCAGAUUGAAAGCGAGCUGGAGAAGAGUCGACCCAAACUGAGAGGAGUUUUUGCCGGCUAUGUCAACAAAAUAGACCCUCAGGACAAGGAAAUCAUGGGCUUCACUACUGACCUCGAGGAGCUGACGGCUGAAGAUGACCUCCAAAAUGCCACCCAGCACCUUACACAGGACUUCCUGUGCCAGGUGAUGCAAGAAGAGGAGAGGCUGUGCAAAAAGGACCAAGACAUUGGUGAGCCGAGGGCGGGGAGCGAUGGGGUGCCAUCUCCGCAGCAGGCCCCCUCUGUUGCCACCAUUAUGGCAAGUGCUGCCGCUUUGGACCUCCAACAAACCUUCCAGGUCUUCAGCAAGUCCCAAAUAGACGACACUACUUCGGUUGACGAGAAUUCAGAGAGUGGAGAUCUGGAUCUGGACGGUAUUGAUGAGCAGGAGAUCGAUAAGUACAUCCUGAGUGACAAGGAGGUCCAGGUGAAGACCCAACUGUGGAUGCAGCAGAACCAAGAAUACCUGCAAGAGCAGAAAGAAAAAGAAGAAAGAAUUCAAAAAGAGAAAGAGCAGGGGACAUACAAAGAAAAGCCCAAGAAGUGCAAGAAGAAGAAGAAGGAGACCAUCCAGGCGUCCACAGCAGGCGAGGCCAUCAAGAAGAUGCUGGAGAAGAAGAAAAUCUCUACUAAGAUCAACUAUGAUGUCCUCAAAGACCUCAAUGGUGGGGGGGCAGGAAGUGGAGGGGGCAGCAGCCCGGAAAAGACUGCCCCCGAGCCCCCCACCAGACCUGCACGAAAAAGACUUCGCCGCAAGAAGUUGGCCAAAGAUGCCAUUGUGGACCUGGCCGCUACUGCCAGUAUGAUGGGGAAGAGGCUUGGCCCCCUCUUUUCCAAACCUCCUAAGAAGAAACGUGUGUCACAGGUAGAAGAGGCUGUUUCCGUGACAACAGCCUCGACAUCUCAGACGCCCAAACCAAAACCAGACUCCGGCUCCGCUCCCAUCAUGGACGAGGAGGAGGAGGAGGAGGAAGAAGAGGAGUGUAUUAGCGCCCUGCAGCUUGUUGAACGUUUUGGCUGCGAGAAGGACGAGCUUGAGGAGGACAACGUCUUGUAAUUUUUUAAUGUUCCUGUUAUCAUUUUAAAUAUUUAAUGUUAUGCUUAAAAGAAUGUAAAUAUGAAAUGUGAAACAUUUUAAAAGGUCAAAUUUUGUAAAAUGUUAUUUAGCAGCAGAGAUUAAACUGUUUUAAGCCCCGGUCACAACA